AUGGUGUCGGCUCUGAUACGCGACGCGCCAAUCGGCCAGAUCCUCCGAUAUCUCACAAACAACAGAACCCUCAAGUACCCUGAAGAACUUCCCGAUUUCGUGAUCCCAGCAGCUUACACUUACAACCGACAUUCUCGACCCGUCCCGAAGCGUCAUAUAUCAGAAGUCACUGAAGUAACCCAAGUUGAAAAAGAUGAGCCAGCCACAGAAGAAGUAUGCUAUCCAGAUCCGGAAACCGUCAUCGAAGAAGCGUCAGAGAGCGGAGACGACACUACCAGUGACUUGGAAAAGAUACAGACGGUCAGGACACUGCACACUGCACGGACACAGAUCUCCCGUGUCGGAACACGGACAGCGCUGCAUAAAUCGACAACGCAGGCAGAUCUCGAACAGCAAUUCUCACUAGCAACAGUAGAGCGUUGUCCAACCCGACCUCUGGAGCCUGAGAUACUCACCGACGGAAUAAUUCUAGUAGACUGGUACGACACCGAUGAUGCCUCCAAUCCUCAGAACUGGAGUUUCGGGAAGAAAGCUAUUGUCCUCUUCCUCAUCCUGAUGUACACCAUGGGGGUUUACAUGGGCAGUGCCAUCUACAGUCCCAGUAUACCUGGAGUCAUGGAGCGCUUCGGUGUGGAAAUUGGUGCCGCGUCGCUAGGUCUAUCAAUGUACGUCUUCGCCUACGGUCUCGGACCACUCCUCUUCUCGCCAUUGAGCGAAAUCCCUAUCAUUGGCCGUAACCCACCAUACAUAAUCUCCUACGCCAUCUUCGUCAUCCUAAUCGUUCCCUCCGCUCUCGUCGACAACUUCGCCGGACUAAUCGUCCUCCGCUUCCUCCAAGGAUUCUUCGGAAGCCCCUGUCUCGCCACCGGCGGCGCAACCCUACAAGAUAUGUACAGCCUAAUCAAACUCCCCUACGUGCUCUCCCUCUGGGCUUUUGCAGCAACAUGCGGUCCAGCGCUCGGCCCCAUCAUCAGCGGCUUCAGCGUCGCAGCAAAGAACUGGCGCUGGUCCCUGUGGGAAAUGCUCUGGCUCAACGGCCCUAUCUUCCUCGCCCUCUUCCUCUUCCUCCCAGAAACCUCCACGUCGACCAUCCUCCUCCGCCGCGCCCAACGCCUCCGCCGCAUCACCGGCGACGCGCACUUGAAAAGCCAAUCUGAAAUCGACCAAGCAAAUCUCACGCCGCGCGCCAUCGCCGUCGAAGCCCUCUGGCGUCCCUUCCAACUUAUGCUUCUGGAUCCUAGUAUCGCUUUCACGGCUGUCUACACAGCUAUCGUUUACGGCAUCUUUUACUCCUUCUUCGAAGCAUUCCCACUUGUCUACAACGAGAUGUACGCUUUCAACCUCGGUGAACUGGGUCUCACCUUCUUGUCAGUCACCGUCGGUGUUGUGCUCAGCAUAGUGUGGUACUGGUGGUAUAUCCGCUACCGCGUCGAACCCAGUAUCCGACUCCAUGGUCUCGGGGCCCCAGAACGACGUCUCAUUCCCGCGCUCUUCGUCACCUUCUUCGUGCCCGUGGGGCUGUUUAUCUUUGGGUGGACGGCUAAUAAAGACGUACAUUGGAUUGUAUCCUGUAUCGGUAUUGUGAUUACGACAAUCGGCAUCUUUCUGAUUAUUCAAUGUAUCUUUCUGUAUUUGCCGCUCGUGUAUCCGCAGUAUGCGGCGAGUUUGUUUGCAGGAAAUGACUUUUUGAGGAGUGCGCUUGCGACGGGCGCGAUUCAUUUUUCGUAUCCGUUGUUUCAUAACUUGGGCGUCGGGAGGGGGGUCAGUUUGCUGGCGGGAUUGGCGGCGGGGUGUAGUGCUGGGGUUUAUGUCUUGUUCUUCUUUGGGGCGAGAUUGAGGGCGAAGAGCCGGUUCGCUGCGAAGUAG